AUGAAAAAACCAAAAAACCUCAAUAACAAGAAGGCUAAUAAAAAGCCCUUCAGACAACAACAACAAACCACCACCACCACCUCAACAACAAAAGCCUUAUCAGAACUAAACACCUCACCAUCAAUAACAACACCAUAUAAAUAUGAAAAUGGUGAUUCACCCACAACAACACCAACCUUAGUUAAUAAGCGUUCAAUUCAAGAUGAUAGCAUGGUUAUAUAUACAAAUAAUACAAUCAAUCAAUCACCAAUUCCUAACUCAACACCACCUCCUCCUAGUAGUAUUAUUCACAAUGAUGGUCAAUCAAGUAUUAAUCAAAGUAUAAUGGAAGAAGAAUAUGAUGAUUAUAUUCAUAUUCCUUCUCAAAUUCAAAAUAUGACAUUAAAUUCAAGUAAUACAUCAGAUUAUGAAUAUUUUGGAUCACCAAUGAUGACCAUGAUGAGUACUCCACCUUCAAUAGCCUAUCAACAAAGAUUAGAACAUUUACAAUUAAUUGAUGAUUCUGAUAAUACUCAAUUUUAUUCCCCUAAUACUCCUUUACCAAUUCCAUCUUCAACUCCAUGCAUUCUUAAGAAAUUAUCAAAUCAAAGUUCUAUUGAGGGAAAUGAAGAUAUUUCCAAUAGUUUUAAUGUUUCAAAUAAUUUGUCAUUUAAUUCAACUAAUAGUACACUAAAUUCAUCUAGGAUAAAUGACUCUAGUUUACAAUUAGAUAUUUCGCAAAUUAAUGAAAUGUCCAAUAUACCCAAUUCAGUAAUUGAACAAAAAUUGAAAGAAUUAAAACAUCAAGUCAAUGGAAUUCAUCAUAAUUUAAAAUCAUCACCAAUACACAAAGUUGAUAAUCCAACUCAUUCACUUAAUAAGAAUUAUACUGCAACUGUAGAUACAGAUAGAUUAUUAUCAUUUCGAUCUUCAACUAGUAGAAGAUCUAUGCAUGUACAUAGAGAUGAUAUAUUGAGAUAUGUGAGAGCAAUACAGGAUCCAGAUGAUCAAGUAAGAAAGAGAGCUAUUGAAAUUGUAAAAUUGUUGGAUGCAACAAUGAAAGCUCCAUUACCUGAAAAAUCAAAAAAGAAUUCAAAUUUCGAUCAUAUUCAAGCUAGAGUUUCACAUAAUCCAAAAACAAUUCCAAAAGAAGAAACCAAUACUGAUUUAUAUAGUGAUUUUAAAUCUAAAUUGAAAAUGACAAGGAAAGCAACAAGUAGAUUUAGAGAAUGUUUUGAUAAUUCCUCUUCAACUUUAUCGCUGGAGCAAAAAACACUUUCAAGAAGAGAACAAGUUGAAUUGGAAAAACAAGAAUUUUUAAAAAAAUGUCCACGAAAAAGUCAUAACAAAUAA